GAUGCAGAGAAUAAUUGGAGGACAGACUGCCAGCCAGGGCAGGUGUGUAUAUAUUUGUAAGAGGUGUCUGCUCGAAAACGAUCCAGCCCUCCCUUCUGGCUUCAGGAAUUCAGCAUCAGAAACAGGGAGGAAGUGCCUGGGCCAACCACCCUUGUCUCUGGACAAGGACCUUGCCUCUGUCCCCAGGACCGGAAGGAGCUGUGCAGUGCAGAAGGGAUGGGGCGGCCACUCCCUCUGAGCUGGGUGCUGGUGGUGACAGUGGUGAUGACCUCUUGGGGCCUCGGAGCUGCAGCCAAUGAGCCCUCCUCUGAAGCAAGAAGGUGCUCAGAAUGCCACAGCAACGCCACCUGCAUGGAGGACGGGGUCGUCACCACGUGCACCUGCCGAGGCGGCUUCUGGGGCAACGGGCUGGAGUGCGUGGAUGUGGAUGAAUGCGCCACCCCAGAGGCGCACAACUGCUCUGCCAACAGCAGCUGUGUGAACACGCUGGGUUCCUACACGUGUGUGUGCCCCGACGGCUUUCUACUGAUGCCCGAGCUGGGCUGCACCGACGUGGACGAGUGCGCGGAGCCGGGGCUCAGCGGCUGCCACCCGCUGGCCACCUGUGUCAACGUGGACGGCAGCUACUCGUGCGUGUCCUACUGCACAGAUCCCACCUCCGUGGAGGGGACCUGUGAGGAGUGCGGUAUGGACGAGGACUGCAUAGCGAACGACGGCAGAUGGCACUGCCGGUGCAAACAGGACUUCAACAUCACUGAUGUCUCCCUCCUGGAGCGCAGGCUGGAGUGUGGGGCCAAUGACAUCAAGGUGUCCCUGAGCAAGUGCCACCUGAAGAACCUGGGCUUCCAGAAGAUCUUCAUGUACCUGCGUGACAGCCGCUGCUUCGGCUUCAUGGAGAAGGGCGAGCGCAGCUGGAUGUCUGUGGUGACCCCAGCCCGGGAGGGUCCCUGCGGGACAGUGCUGACCAGGAAUGAAACCCACGCCACCUACAGCAACACCCUGUACCUGGCCAAUGAGAUGAUCAUCCGUGACAUCAACAUCAAAAUCAACUUUCAGUGCUCCUACCCGCUGGACAUGAAAGUCAGCCUGAAGACUUCCCUGCAGCCCCUAGUCAGCUCCCUGAAUAUCAGCGUGGGUGGAACGGGCCUGUUCACUGUGCGGAUGGCGCUUUUCCAAAGCCCUGCCUACACACAGCCCUACCAAGGCCCCUCGGUGACACUGUCCACUGAGGCCUUUCUCUACGUGGGCACCAUGCUGGAUGGAGGUGACCUGUCCCGCUUUGCACUGCUAAUGACCAACUGUUAUGCCACACCCAGUGGCAAUGCCACAGACCCCACAAAAUACUUCAUCAUCCAGGACAGGUGUCCGCGCACUUCAGACUCCACUAUUCAAGUGGCAGAAAACGGGGAGUCUCCGCAGGGCCGAUUUUCUGUCCAGAUGUUCCGGUUCGCUGGAAACUACGACCUCGUCUACCUGCACUGCGAAGUGUAUCUGUGCGACAUCCUGAAGGAGAAAUGCAAGCCCAGCUGCCCCGGGGCCAGAUUCCGAAGUGGGGUCUUCAUAGACCAAUCCCGGCUCCUCAACUUGGGUCCCAUCACACGGAGAGGUGCCCAGGCCACAGUCUCGAAGGCCGCUUCCAGCAGCUUGGGGCUCCUGAGGAUCUGGCUGCCUCUGCUUCUCUCGCUGACCUGGACCUUGACACUUCAGUGAUCAGGGGUGUGAAACCCUGUGCUGCGUGGCUCCCAGCUCACUUCCUGCCGGCCAGGAGGGGAGGUGCCGGGGGGUGCGUGCCCUUCACCAGCCUGCUCGUAUUUGCACCCCUCUAUCCCUGCUUUGGACAGACAGCCCAUGUCAUUCAGUACUGCUCGCUCUCAGGAUGGGACUUGUGACUUGCCUGCACGUGAGGCCUUGUCUCCUUAAAGAGUGUGGCAUAAUGAAAAUUAAAGAAAAAAACACCUUUGAAGCCA